AUCCAUCUUCAUCAAUUCUAUUCUUGCAUUCUUAAUACCAGCGAGAACCGAAAAUUCAAACUCUUAUUUACCACAAUGUCCUCGAAUAACGGCAACGAUAAUAAAAACCCCGGUCUCCUGGGAGGCCUCGGAAACACGCUCGGCCAAACUGUCCAAGGCACAACAAGCACACUGGGCACGGUGGUGGGUGGAGUAGGCAAGACAGCCGGUGGAGCGACCGAAAACCUGGGGAAGACGGUUUCCGGCGCUACCGAGGGAAUCGGCAACACGUCCAGCAACGUGGGCAAAUCGGCGGGGGAGACCCUGGGUGCUCAAGGGAAGAAAGACUAGUUGACCUGUCUGGGUGGUUAUGUUAAUGCUGUAUGAUUAGUUGGAUUUGACAGGGGGGUUCAUUUUUGAUUUUUUGAAGUCUAUCAGUUAUGCGAUCUUAUCUUGAACACAAUCUUGCAUCUGUUGUCGAUCAGUAUUAGACUUGGGGCAUGUCUGCAGGGGACAUAUCCUAGGGAGUACAUCCUGCAUGGAGAUGGACAUCAAGGUGUAAUAGGUAGAUAGGGGACUACAUUUCGUCCCUAUUUUGAUUUUUGUUUACUGAUUUCUCUCUCGUUUGAAUGUCUAGUCAAAAGAAGAAGAAGACGAAAAAGAAGAAGACGAAAAAGAAGAAGACGAAA